AUGGUCAACUCCUGCUGUGGCUCUGUCUGCUCUGAGGAGGGCUGUGGCCAAGGCUGCUGCCAGCCCAGCUGCUGCCAGCCCACCUGCUGCAGACCUAUCUGCUGCCAGCCCAGCUGCUGUGUGUCCAGCUGCUGCAGACCCAGCUGCUGUGUGUCCAGCUGCUGCAGGCCCUCUUGCUGCAUCUCCAGCUGCUGCCGCCCAUGCUGUGGCUGUUCCAGCUGUUGUGGAUCCAGCUGCUGCCGUCCCAGCUGCUGCAUUUCUAGCUGCUGCAGGCCUUCCUGCUGCCGCCCCAGCUGCUGUGUGUCCAGCUGCUGCAGGCCCAGCUGCUGUGUGUCCAGCUGCUGCAGGCCCUCUUGCUGUAUCUCCAGCUGCUGCCACCCCUGCUGUGGCAGUUCCAGUUGUUGUGGAUCAAGUUGUUGCCGACCCAGCUGCUGCAUUUCUAGCUGCUGCCGUCCCAGCUGUUGCCAGACCACCUGCUGCCGCCCCAGCUGUUGUGUGUCCAGCUGCUGCAGGCCUCAGUGCUGCAUCUCCAGCUGCUGCCGCCCCACCUGUUGCCAGACCAGCUGCUGCCGCCCAGCUUGCUCUAGCAGUUCUUGCUGCUGA